AUGAGGAGCAGCAAAUCAAAAGAGGUGCCUUUACCAAAUCCAAGGAACUCUCAAAGCACGGAUACUGUUCAAGCAGAUAUAACCACACCAUGGGAUGCACUUUCUCAGACCAAGGCUGCUCUGAGACACAUUGAAAACAAAUUGGAAGUAGCCCCUACAAGCACAGCUGUGUUUGACUCUGUCAUGGAUACCAAGAAAUCUUCUGCAAGUGCUACCAGAAAAAUAAGUAGGAAGGAUGGUAGAUACCUGGAUGAUUCUUGGGUUAAUGCUCCAACCUCCAAAUCUUCUAAAUCACGAAAAGAGAAAUCUCGUAGUCCUCUCAGAGCUACCACCCUGGAGAGUAACGUAAAGAAAAUUAAUCGUGUGGAAUUUCGUGAACCUUUGGUUUCUUACAGGGAAGUCCAUGGUACACCGUCCAACAUAAGUCCCAGCCAUUUAGAGUCAAAGAAUAUAUAUUGUGUGGAUGUUAAUGAAGAGAAGCCUGAGAGUGGGAACCGGAUGAUAUGCAGUCAGGAAGAUCGGAAUAUACAUUGCUGUGAUUUUGAGAGCUCCCAAUCAUCUGUCGUCAAUGAUACAGUUGUUAGAUUUUUAAAUGAUCGACCAACAAUUGAUGCACUGCAAAAUUCUGAAUGUUUGAUUAAGAUGGCAGCUCCUACGAGAAGUGAUGAAGAAAAGCCUAAUAGAGCAAAAGGAAAUGAGAACACUUUGAAGGCUUCUGUGUGUAACAUGGGCCGUGAUGUUGAUUCAAAAGUGUUACGGUUAACUGAUUCUUCUCCGUCUUCUACUAGUACCUGUAAUUCCCAAAGAUUAGAUAUCCUAAAGCGGCGACAACAUGAUGUUAAAUUGGAAAAACUCAAGGAGCGGAUUAGGAAACAGUGGGAACACUCAGAAGAAACAAAUGACCAGGGCCAGAAUCUGGGUCAUAUUGACCAUCCAGUAAUGGUUGUUAAUGUUGAUAGCUCAGUGACAGCAAAGGUCAGGAAAGUGGCAACAGCACCACCUGCUCCAACAUAUAAAGGCUUCAGUCCUUCAGAGACCAAGAUUCGAACACCUGAUGGGAAAGUGUGGCAGGAGGCUGAGUUUCAAAACAUGAGUAGAGAACUGUAUCGUGACUUAGCACUUCACUUUGCAGAUGAUAGCUCUAUGAAAGAAAAACCUGCUGAGAAAAGUAAAGAGAAGAAAGUGGUCAAGCCAGUACGAAAAGUCCAAAAGGUAGCACAGUUACCAAGUCCAGAAUGCAAAACAGGUAGCAGUCAUCUGAUAAGUACAUCUUCUUGGCGAGAUGGACAAAAAUUAGUAAAGAAAAUUCUGGGACCUGCACCUAGAAUAGAGCAAAAAGAGCGACGAAUAGCAUCAAGUGACAGAAGUGGAAGAGAAAGAACUACUAAAUCUGGGGGUCAUAUUGGAAGAGCAGAAUCGGAUCCCAGAUUGGAUGCUUCACAUAGACAUCUUCCACGAAACUCAGAACGUUCAAGAAGUAGAGCUCGGUCAGAAAAUAAUGUAAAGAAAUUAGUUCCAUCUCUUCCAGAUAAUAAACAGGAGGAAAAUGCUGCCUUAAAUAAGGACUUUUUACCUGUUGAAAUUCGUGGAAUUCUUGAUGACCUACAGCUGGAUUCAGCAGCUCAGGCUGCAAGGCAAGAGGCAGGAGAGUUACAGAAUCAGAAGCCAUCAGCAUCAAUACAAGCUCCUAGGAGUCAUAGCCCAAUAAAAAGAAAACCUGACAAAAUAACAGCUAAUGAAGAUCCCCCUGUUAUUUCCAAAAAGCGUCACUAUGAUACAGAUGAGGUACGACAGUACAUUGUUAGACAGCAGGAGGAAAGGAAGAGGAAGCAAAAUGAGGAGAAGAAGGCUCAAAAGGAGGCCACGGAACAGAAGAACAAACGAUUACAGGAGCUCUACCGGAAACAAAAAGAAGCCUUUACUAAAGUGAAAAAUGUGCCUCCUUCUGAGCCAUCAGCAAAUAGGCGACUGCAGGAAACUUAUUCCAAAUUGCUUCUAGAAAAGUCAUUGCUUGAAGAGCCAACUCAUAAACAUAUGCAGGAAACACAGAUCAGACCAGGGUAUCAGCCAUCUGGAGAAUCUGACAAAGAGAACAAAGUGCAGGAGCGUCCCCCAAGUGCAUCUUCCAGUAGUGACAUGUCUCUGUCAGAACCUCCACAGCCUCUCGCAAGAAGGGAUUUGAUGGAUCCUACAUGGAUGCAGCCUGACAGACUGAGUCCACGAGUCCACCAUUCUCAACCACAGCCUCUUGUUGGAACAGCUGGAAAUUUACUUUCCCAUCUCUUGAGUCUAGAGCAUGUAGGAAUUUUGCAUAAGGAUUUUGAAUCUAUUUUACCAACUAGGAAGAAUCAUAGUAUGGCUUCAGGGCCAUUAACUUUUACACCUCAACCAUAUCUGACCUCACCAGCUGCUCAUCCAGAUGCCUUGUUAAAACCUAGUGCUAGCCAAUAUAAGAGUAAACUGGAUCGUAUUGAAGCCUUGAAAGCAACAGCUGCUUCUUUGUCCAGCAGGAUUGAAAGUGAAGCUAAGAAAUUAGCUGGGGCUAACAUUAACUAUGGGUCAGUAUGGAACACUGAGUAUGAUGUGCAGCGAACACCCCAAGAAGAUGGACAUUGGACCAAGGCUAUAAGUCCACUUGUGAAAGAGGAUGCAGAAGAUGUUUUCUCUGCUCGAAUUCAAAAGAUGCUGGGAACCUGUGUGUCUCAUGCAACUUUUGAUGAUGAUCUUCCUGGUGUAGGCAACCUUAGUGAAUUUAAAAAGCUUCCUGAGAUGAUAAGACCUCAUAGUGCCGUAUCAAGCUUCAGAAUGAGAUCCCCUGGUCCCAAACCAGAAGGGCUGCUGGCACAGUUGUGUAAGAGGCAGACUGACUCUUCUAGCUCUGAUAUGCAAGCUUGUUCUCAAGACAAAGCCAAAAUGUCUCUUGGUUCCAGCACAGAUUCAGUGAGUGAAGGGCCUCUUCUUAGUGAGGGUAGUCUCUCUGAAGAAGAGGGAGGUCAAGAUGGACGGUCCCCUUUGAAGUUAACAGAAAUCUUAAAAGAAAAGGAAUUUUGUGCUGGAGAAAGAAAUGCUUAUGAACCCAUCAAAGAGUUUCAGAAGGAAGCUGAAAAAUUUUUGCCACUCUUUGGGCCCAUAGGUGGUACACAAAGCAAAGGACCAUGGGAAGAAUUGGCAAAGGGAAGUCCACAUAGUGUCAUUAAUAUUUUUACAAAAUCGUAUAAAUUAUAUGGAAAAGGAUUUGAAGACAGGUUGGAAAGAGGAACAUCAGCAUCACGGUCUUUGAAUGCCAUCACAACCCCUCUAAGCAGCAUUUCAUAUGAAGAUGAUUUUAUUUCCUCUACAGGGAGUGGGACUUUGACAGAAAAAAAGUCAGCUCUUGAACCCAAUAACAGUUUAGGCAUUCAGGAGGAUCAUUCUAGCAGAAAGUCUGCCUAUGAUCUUUCCUCUGUGGAUGUUACCUCCCAGCACUCAUCAGGGGCCCAGUCUGCUGCGUCGUCUCGUUCAUCUUCUUCUUCUAAAGGAAAGAAAGGAAAAAAGGAAAAGAUAGAAUGGCUAGAUUCACUCACUGGAAAUAUUCAGAACUCACUUCUUGAUGAAGAAAAAGUACACUCUAGUUCAGAACGUGGCUCUCGUCAAGGAAAGAAAUCUAGGACCAGUAGCAAACUUUCUGUUAAAGAUUAUGAGCAGACUCUUGACACUGAUAGCACUUUGGAGGAUCUUUCUGGGCAUUCUUUGAGUGUCUCAUCAGACAAGGGAAGAUCACAGAAAACUCCAACUUCUCCCCUAUCUCCAAGUUCCCAGAAAUUGUUGCAGUUUGAUCUUCCAGGAGCUUCAUUAGAAAGAUCUAAAUCCUCAAUAAUAGUGACUCCAACUAUAACAGGAUUUAAGCCUAAUGCAACUUUUGCUGAUACGAACCUGGCUGCCAGCAGAACGACAGAGAUGGCUUCAACACCAGGUUCUAAGCGCUUUUCUCCUGCUGGCCUCCAGCAUCGUAUGGCAGCAGAACUCAGUUACUUGAGCGCCAUUGAGGAGUCAGUGCGCCAACUAUCAGAUGUAGAAAGAGUCAGAGGCAUUUCACUUGCUCAGCAGGAGAGUGUGUCUCUGGCUCAGAUCAUAAAGGCACAGCAGCAACGCCAUGAAAGAGACUUGGCCCUUUUGAAAUUGAAGGCUGAACAAGAGGCUCUGGAGUGUCAGAGACAAUUAGAAGAAACCCGAAGCAGAGCAGCUCAGGUCCAUGUGGAAUCAUUGCAGCAGGUGGUUAAAUCACAACGGGAUGUAACUGAAGUCCUGCAGGAAGCAACUUGUAAAAUAGCUGCUCAGCAAACAGAGACUGCUCGCCUGACCACAGAUGCAGCACGCCAAAUCUGUGAGAUGGCAGAGUUGACUCGAACUCAUAUCUCAGAUGCCAUCACUGCUUCAGGAGCUCCCCUAGCAACGCUAUAUGACCACCAGCGGCAGUAUGCUCCAGACUUCGUGAAACAACUAAGGACAAGAGCUGAAACAGAUAGGAAAAGUCAAUCUGGUCCACUCUCUCAGAGUAAAGAAGGGACCCUUGACUCCAAGCAUCAGAAGUUUUCCCCUUCAUAUGAUAGUUAUUCUGAGUCUUCAAGAUACAAGAAUCGUGAUAGAAGGAGUAGUAGUGGUAGCAGCCGUCAAGAAAGUCCUUCAGUUCCAUCUUGUAAGGAAAAUGAGAAGAAACUUCAUGGUGAAAAGAUGGAGAGUUCUAUUGAUGAACAGGUCCAGACUGCUGUGGAUGAUUCUCUGCGAAGUGAUAGUGUACCAUCUCUUCCCGAUGAGAAAGAUUCAACUUCUCUUGCAACAGAAUAUUCCCUGAAAUUUGAUGAAUCCAUGACAGAAGAUGAAAUAGAAGAAAGAUCAUUUCGAUCUUUACUACCUUCUGAGAGUCAUCGCAGAUUUAACAUGGAAAAGAAAAGAGGCCAUCAUGAUGACUCUGAUGAAGAAACUUCCCCAGAAAAGACUCCACUGUCCUCUGCCAAGGAGCUGAGCAUGCCAUUCUCAGGAGGACAAGACAGCUUUUCUAAAUUUACUAUGGAGAUGGUUAGACAGUAUAUGAAAGAAGAGGAAAUGAGAGCAGCUCACCAGUCUUCACUCCUGCGUCUCCGUGAAAAGGCCUUGAAGGAGAAAACUAAAGCUGAAUUAGCCUGGCUAGAGCAUCAGAAAAAACAUCUACGAGAUAAAGGAGAAGAUGAUAAAAUGCCCCCACUCCGAAAGAAACAACGGGGUUUGCUCUUAAGGUUGCAGCAAGAAAAGGCAGAAAUUAAACGUCUUCAGGAAGCCAAUAAGGCAGCUCGGAAGGAAAGACAGCUGAUUCUUAAACAGCAGGAGGAGAUAGAAAGGAUCCGACAGACCACCAUAAAACUGCAGGAGAAGUUGAAGUCUGCAGGGGAGAAUAAAUUGGACUCUCAUAGUGAUGAUGAUACAAAGGAUAAUAAGGCAACCAGUCCUGCUCCAACUGACUUGGAGACCCGCAGUCCUUCCCCCAUUUCAAUCUCCAGCAGUGAAACUAGCAGCAUUAUGCAGAAACUGAAGAAAAUGAGAAGCCGCAUGGAUGAAAAGUUUCUGACAAAGCGAGAGCAAAAACUAAUGCAACGGCGCCAACAUGCAGAGGAGCUACUAGAGUGGAAGAGACGUUUAGAUGCAGAGGAAGCAGAAAUUCGUCAAAUGGAGAAACAAGCUUUGGCUGCCUGGGACAAAGAAUUGAUAAAACCUAAAACUCCUAAGAAAGAACUGGAGGACCAGAGAGCAGAACAGAAAGAAAUAGUGAGUGAAACAGAGUCUCCAAUACCUUCCUACUCUCAUCUACACAGUGAAAGCUCUAUUCCAGAAGAAUUGGGCAGCCCUGCUGUUGAAUAUAUACCAUCUGAAUCUAUAGUUCAGGAGCAGCCUGGAAGUCCAGAUCACAGUAUACUUACUGAAGAAAUGGUUUUUUCACAAGAACUGGAAUCUUCUACCUCGCCUAGUAAACAUUCACCUCCUAAAAGCUGCACAUCUGUGUCAAAGCAGGAGUCUAGCAAAGGAAGUCAUAGAACUGGAGGACAAUGUCAUCUACCUGUCAAGUCCCAUCAACACUGUUAUAGUUGGUCAGAUGAGUCAUUAUCUAUGACACAGUCAGAAACUACAUCUGACCAGAGUGACAUUGAAGGUAGGAUCAGAGCCCUGAAGGAUGAGCUGCGGAAAAGAAAAUCAGUUGUGGACCAACUGAAGAAGGAACAGAAAAAAAGGCAAAAGGAAAGACUGAAAGCCCAAGAAGCCAGUCUAAUCAAACAAUUGGAGUCAUAUGAUGAAUUCAUUAAGAAAACUGAAGCCGAGCUUAGCCGAGAUUUGGAAACAUCACCAACAGCCAAGCCUCAGAUUAAAACGCUCUCCUCAGCUUCUGAAAAACCCAAGAUCAAGCCCCUUCCACUACACAGAUCUGAAACAGCAAAGAAUUGGAAAUCACUGACAGAGUCAGAACGUUCCAGAGGAUCCCUGGAGUCUAUUGCUGAACAUGUUGAUGCUGCAUUGGCAGGUUCUGAGAGAUCAGUGUCAGAAAAGUCUUUAUCUGCAUAUGCAAAGAGAAUGAUUGAAUUGGACAGUCGAACAGAAGAGCACUUUCAGACUUCUCCAAUUCUCAGAUCAUCAAGGAGAACCAGAGCAGACUCUGGAGAUUCUCUAGAAAAUGUCCCUUCAUUACCUCUUCUCAAAGAAUUAACUGCCUCUAAUAGAAUUCUUGAUGUGUCAGAUGCCAAGGUUGAAAAAGAAUCUAGUCAAAAAUCAGAAAUACACGAAGUAGAAUAUGCAGAAUUGGAGGAGAGUGCAAUUGAAGAUGCCUAUUCUAAACAAUCUAUGAAGCCUGAUGUCUUCCUGAAACUAGACCUGGAACAGGGAAAUUCAUCUGAAAUCCUUUCAAGGAAAGAUCUUUCUUUAGAUUCUAUAAAUGUUCAGAAAGACUUAGUUAGAUUAGCCAUUGAAAAUCUUCAUAAAAAAGAGUCAAAAGAGAGACAGUCAGAUCAAGAUAUGGGUCAUAGUGCAAACAUCCAAUCAGAAAAAGACACUCACGUACAAAAGAAUAUAAAGGGCAGAGACUCAUCUUGGUCAGAACAUCUUUUUGCACAUAAAGAGAUAUCAUACUCUGAAGAUUUUGAAGUAUCUUCUUUCAAGAAAGACAUUUCAGCUGAAUUGUACAAAGAUGACUUUGAGGUGACAUCUUUGUUGUCACUCAGGAAAGACUCUCAGUCUUGCAGAGAGAAGUCGCAGGCAACAAGGAUCUCUAGAAGUAGAGCCACUAGCUUUGGUAGUGAUGAUGAAAUCAGUGAGUGCCUCAGUGAGAAAAGCCUUUCUAUUCAUAGCAAUGUCCAUUCUGAAAGGCUGUUAGAACACAAGUCCCCCACUGAGCUUAUGAAAAGUAAGGAGCGCAGUGAUGUAGAGCAUGAACAGAGACUUACUGAAUCCCCUUCCUUAACUUCAGCUUCUCUUGCAGAUGAGUUACUUGAUUUCCACAUCGGUGAUAGGGUGCUGAUUGGCAAUGUUCAGCCAGGAACUCUUCGAUUCAAAGGUGUGACUAGUUUUGCUAAAGGAUUUUGGGCUGGAGUGGAGUUGGAUAAACCUGAAGGAAAUAACAGUGGAACAUAUGAUGGCAUUGUAUACUUUGUGUGCAAAGAGAAGCAUGGGAUUUUUGCUCCUCCUCAAAAAAUAUCUCACAUUGCAGAAAACUUUGAUGACUAUGUAGACAUAAAUGAAGAUGAAAACUCUUAUUCAGAUGAACAAUAUCAAUACUAUAAUCAAGAACAAAAAGAUACAGAGGGUCCCAAGUUUGACAGAGAAAAGGAUGCAGUUGAGUGUUUUUAUAAGGAAUCUCAACCUAGUAUGCAUGACACAGAAGCCUCAGUUGAUAGAAGCCUUAAAAUAGAAACAGACAAUAUACAGGACAUUUCUGGAGUACUUGAAGCCCAUAUUCACCAGCAGAAUUCAGUGGAUUCACUGAUUUCUUCAAAGGAAAACAAAGACCUUGUUUCUGGUGCCACGGAAAAGGUUUCCACUGCUGUAGAAGACGAUACUUUAGAUAAUACCUUUUCUGAAGAAUUAAGGAAGCAACAGCAGUUUACCGAAAAGGAAGAGAACCUAUAUCCAGAAGUUUCAGAAAAGCUUUCUACUCCACUUCUGGACUUUUUAGCAAGAGAAAAGAACCAGUUGGAAGCCCAGCUGAGGUCAUCACCAAGUGAGGAAAAAAAGUCAAAGGAACAACUAGAAACAGUCAGCUUACUGACAGACAGUUUACUAAACGUCUUUGUGAAGGACACAGUCAAUCAACUACAACAAAUCAAAAAAGCUAGGAAUGAGAAAAUCCAGCUUAGCAAUCAAGAGCUUCUUGUUGAUGAUCAAAAGAAAGUACCACCCCAAGGCCUAUCCCAGAAUCUUGAGGAACAGUCACCAAGUGUUCCAGGUUGCUUCUUAAGGUCUGAAUUGGAAGAUGAGAAAGAAGAGAUUUCCUCACCAGAUAUGUGUCCUAGACCUGAGAGUCCAGUAUUUGGUGCCAGUGGGCAGGAAGAGCUUGCUAAGAGACUUGCUGAACUUGAGAUUAGCCGGGAGUUCCUGAGCGUGUUAGGAGAUGAUCAAGACUGGUUUGAUGAAGACUUUGGUUUGAGCUCUUCUCACAAGAUACAAAAGAAUAAGGCAGAAGAAACAAUUGUACCUCUAAUGGCAGAACCUAAGGGAGCUCUACAGAAGCCAUGUGAAACAUUAUUGGCAGUCCCACAUACUGCGGAGGAAGUAGAAAUUCUUGUACACAAUGCAGCAGAAGAACUUUGGAAUUGGAAAGAAUUAGGUCAUGAUCUUCACAGCAUCAGUAUUCCCACAAAACUGCUUGGCUGUGCCAGUAAGGGUCUAGAUAUAGAAAGCACUAGUAAAAGAGUGUACAAACAGGCGGUUUUUGAUUUAACAAAAGAGAUUUUUGAAGAAAUAUUUGCCGAGGAUCCCAACUUGAAUCAGCCUGUCUGGAUGAAGCCAUGUAGAAUCAACUCUAGUUAUUUCCGACGAGUGAAAAAUCCAAAUAACCUUGAUGAAAUCAAGAACUUCAUAGCAACCGAAGUACUCAAGCUGUUCAGUCUUAAAAAGGAGCCAAACCACAAAACAGAUUGGCAAAAAAUGAUGAAAUUUGGAAGAAAGAAAAGAGACCGAGUGGAUCAUAUCCUGGUACAGGAGCUCCACGAGGAGGAGGCACAGUGGGUGAACUAUGAUGAGGAUGAGUUGUGUGUGAAGAUGCAGCUAGCUGAUGGGAUCUUUGAGACCUUGAUCAGAGAUACUGUUGAUGUUCUGAAUCAGAUCAGUGAAAAACAGGGGAGAAUGCUACUUGUGUGA